AUGAUUAGUGGAAUUAAUUCUUUUCUUGUCUUUAAGAUCAACAAAGUUGAAUUCAACUGAAAAUCAGAUCCAAAUCCAAUUUCAGAGCUCCUUUAUACAUUGUCGAAUUCCCAUACAUCCCAGCUCAUCUUUCAAUCUCCACCUUUUGAUUUGGCUCAAAUCUCCAACCUCAAUCCUGUUCAAUUAGAUGCUGAUCUUGUUGAUUCGAUGACGCUUAGUUUUUAUAUGCAAGUCCUCGAUGAAAAAAAGCUAUUUGGGUCGGCUUUAAUUGACCUUAGCCAAAAUCUCCCUCUGAAAACAUGGUUGACUAUCCCGAGUAAUAAUGACGAAAUUUUAAGUGUAGAAAUAGAAAUUAUAAAAGAAGAAAACAUUGAAAAUUCAUUUGAAAUUAUCCAAGAAUCUCUUACUCCCCCCCUCCGUGAGUGAACAAAAAAUUUUGUUCACUCACGGAGGGGGUUAAUUUUUUUUUUAAAACAAUUUAUAUAUAAAUUUUAUAGAAAAAAUUUUUUUCGAAAUUUAAAAAAAUCCUAAUUCGCAAAAAUUGGAAAGCAAAUAUUAAUUUAAUUUAUAAAAUUUAUGUUUUAAAAAGCAAUUUGUUUAAAAUUAAACAGAAUUAGCUCUAGAUUUCAUUAUAAUAAUUAUCACUUAUAUAUCAAAAUUUUUUUUCAUAAAAAAUUUUUUCUAUUAAAACAUUUUUGCUCACUCGCGGAGGGUGGGUUUUUGGGCAAAAAAUAGCGAUUUUUCUAAUGGUUUUGUUCACUCACGGAGGGGGGGGGAGUUAGUGAAAGUGAAGUCAACGACAAAGAAAGCAAUCUGCAAAAAAAUAAUGUAGAAAAUAGAAAUGAGCAGGAAAUGUAUGAGUUAUUGAGGCUUAAUGAAAUUGAUGACGUAAAUAAAUUAACUGAAAAAAUUGAAGAAGUGAAGGAUGAUAUCGCUUUUUAUCAUAGAAAAAAAUUAAUUGAAGAUGAAGAAGCAGCAAAAAAUAGGCUAAGAGGACUUGAAAGAUUAGAGCAAUUACAUAAAGAAAUAAAAACAGCAAAAAAGGAUAAUGAAAAGAAUAGGCAUAAUGCAAGUACUUUAGAGGAAGAAAAUUUAGAAUAUGAGCUGGAGCAAGGGCUAAGCAAAUAUCAUAUUGAAAACCCUGAAAAAUUGGAAGAAAUGAUAAAUGACACAAAAGACAAUAUUUCAUUUUGUCUUACCCACCUCUUGCUAACAAGCAAAAAUUUUUUUCUGUUUGCUAAUCAGGGGAUUUAAUAUUUUGAAAUAUUAAAUUAUAUAUAAAUUUUAUUUUUUCGUAUUUUUAAAAAUCCAAAUUUUUAAAUAUUUGAAAUUAAUUAAUUAUAAAAUUUGUGCAAACUAUUUAAAAUUUAAUAUAAUUAGUUCGAUAUCGCUAUUAAUAUUAUUAAUUUAUUUCGAAUUACUACUAGUAAAAAAUUUUAAAUUAAAAAAAAAUAUCGCUCACGAAUAAAGUUGUUAAUUUCCCCAAAAAAUGCUGAUUUUGCUUGUUAACCAAGGGGAAAUUAAAAGAAAAAGACUAGAAGAAGCAAAAAAUGAAGAAAAUAUACUUGCUGAUUUGGAAAAUUUGAAUUCUAUAUACAAAAAAAUUGCCUUAAAAUCAAUGAUAAUUUUAGAUCCUGACUCUCCAUCUUGGUUUAGCGAGUAAAAUUUCUUUGAAGCUUUCUUUAAAUUUUAUAUGAAAGUCCAAUUCAAAAAUAUAUAAAAAAUACAAUUUGAAUUCUUAUCAAUAAUUUAAUUUAUCAAAUUUAUUAUUAAGGUGCAAGUUGUCUUUAAUUUAUUUAUUUAUUAUAGAUGGAGAUCAAAUAAAUUAUAUUUUAUUUUUAUUAGAAUGCAAUCAUAUUUAAUCAUAAAAAAUACAUUUAGUAGUGAAGAUAUUUUUAUUGGAUAUAUAAUUUAUUAUUUAUUAAGCUUAAUUUAGUGAUCUUUUGUGCAUAAUUAAUGCAACAUUAAAUUAACCAUUAAUUAUUAAUUAUAUAUUAAUAUUAAAAAUUUAAUAAGGAUUAAUUUCUUAAAAGUAUGAUUAUUCAUUCAAUGGCUAGCUUAUUAAUUAACAGGAGAAUAAGGAAGUUGAAAAUAUAAAGCAACUCGAUUUUCUUGAAGGAAUGCUGAGCGACAUUUCAUCAUAUCCCCGCUGCACUGAAAGGUUUUUAACGAGUAUUUUAUGCUAUGCCUAUUAUAAAAGCUAUGAUCUUAAUCAAUCAUUAAAUAUUCACCAAAAAAUUGAGUCUAUCGAUCCUUAUGAUGAGUUCAGGAAUUUUCUUGAAUUUCUAAAUCAAAGUGCUCAAGGAAUUUUUCCAAGAAAACUUAUUUCUAGCUUUAAAUCCCCCCUUUAAAUUUGAACAAAAUAUUUGCUAAAUUUCCGUAUUUUUGAUGAAUUAAACCAUUUAAUUUUAACCAAUUUUUAAUGGUAAACUUAUCGGUGAAAAUAUUAAAUUUUAUAUUAAUAAUUUUAGUCUGAUUUAAUGAAAUUAGUGCAAUUUGAAAUCCAUUAUAACAGUUAACACACUGAAUUGAUUAAUUUUUGAAUUAAUUCUUCGAAAAAUAAAUUAAAAUUCAACAUAUUGCAUCAAUUUAAGUUUUAAAAAAUUUUAUAUAAAACAAAAAUUAUAAAAAAAUUCUGUUCCUAGUUAUUUGAUAGGAACUUUUCUGUUAAAAUCCUAUCUAAUAUAGUACGAAGAACAAAAAUUUGAACUAAAAAUACCCGAGGAAAUGCUACAUUACAAAAAUGUUCCAUCAAAUCGUAUGGAGUCAAAAACUCAAUUUAAAGUGGGAGUGAGAGUAAGGAAAACUUUGAAAAUAAAAACUGGGAAAAUUUAAUUAAAGACACAGAAAAACUCCUCAAAGAGUAUAUUCGUCCUAUUAACGUAAAAGAACUUUCUCGCUUAAUCAGCAAAUCAGCUCAAUUCUCUGAAAAUAUCGAAAAUAAAGAUAUUAUUUUGCUGAUUGGGAUCACAGGUGCAGGAAAAUCAACAACAACUCAUUUUAUGUGCGAAUCAAAAUUAGAUAGGGUUCUGGAAGAUGGCGUGAGUCAUAUCAAAGCUGUUGCUAUAAAAAAUCCCAUAUUAAAAAAUAUAACAAUUUCAUCGCAUGCACAAUCUGAGACUAGAUACAUCACUUUGGUGCCAAUAAAUAUAAAAGAUUCUCAAGAGACUAUUUUUCUAUGUGAUACUCCAGGGCUAAUGGAUACAAAUGGAGCAGAAGUUGACAUGGCAAACACAAUUAGCAUUGUUGAAUAUGUUAAAAAAUGCAGAAGUGUCAGACCAUUGAUUUUGCAUUAAAAUGGCAUGGCGAACUAACCCAGACUCUUAGCAACUGCAACUAGGCAGGCUAUCCGGCCGGUUUUUUGUUGGCGUGGUGGAGAGCAAUAUCCGGUAAAUCACCGGAUUCUCACCAUGGGGAGAGAAAACUCAGAGUUGGAAAUGGGUGCCCUAGCAGUACCCAGAGAAGCGAUUUCUUGGCCAUUAGAGCACUUUGUCAGUACGAUACCAGGCACUACGUUCUAGGCUUCGAAUUUCCAUCUUGGUCGACAGUGACCAGAAGCUAGCCCCGCUGACGUGUGGCAUAGUGAUCCAGGUCUCAGGCUCUUAUGUACCAAGUUUAAGCUAGUCUAGGAGGAUCAGCACAGUAGAAGGUGAUGCCCGGAUGUGCAAGCACGUGAAGAAGUGACACUGGAGAUUAUUAGUGGACACUAUGCGAUAUAGUACUUCUCUAUAAGGCUUUAGACCAUUGAUUUUAUUAAGUAGCAAAACUGAAGGUGAUAGAUUUUAA